ACACACUCGGAAAUCCUGUCAAUGAAAGACGACCCAAGAGAGGGGAAGAGAGAGUCAGACACAGAAACACAACAUCACCAUAACACUCAUGAUGGCGUCCGUGUGCUUGAAAGUUGGCUUGGUUUCCUCUGGAUUAGGUCUAACUUGUGCUGUUAUGGCCAUAGCCAGUUCUAUGUGGUUAAGAAUUCGUUACCCAUUCUUGAAGAAUGACAUUGGUUUGAUGCGUCAUUGCGAUGUAGACAGCGAUUAUUGUGGUGACAUGGAACGUCUGGAUGCUCUGGUUGACGUUCGCUAUGCAGCUUGGUUCCGAUCUGUCCAAGCCCUCUACCUUCUCCACUGUGUCGGCCUCCUGGUGUCCACGGCAAUGUACAUUCUCUACACCAUCAGGUUUUUCGAGUCCAAAGGUAGCUUCAAAGUGCUCACAGCUUUCAAUUUUCUCACAGUGGCUUUUGGGGUGUAUGCUGUUGCUGUUUUCGGAACGAGCUAUUCAAAAUUUUUUGGUCUGGGCUCCCACCCGACAACAGACGACUACUCUUCCCUGGACUGGGCUUUCUACACGGCUAUCACUGGCUGCUGUUUCUCCUUCCUGGUCAUGAUUUUCAGCGCGAUGGAAGCGAGCCAAGCCGCAGACAUCUUCCGCAACAUGCAGCAUCGUAUCACUGUGUGGAACACUCCGUAUACUCUCUUUGUCGAUCAGGAGACCGCCUGAUCCUUGCAAUGACCAGAGGGUGCCACUUUUCUUAAAUUGUUCUUUUUUUCCCCAUUCUUUUUUUGUUUGUUUGUUUGUUUGUUUUUUGGGUUAUGUUCUGGUGUUUGAGCACAAUGUCCAUGUAUUGAUUUCCUUUUAAUUGGAAAGUUUUGAAAAUUUUACGAGACAAAGAUGGCAUCCUGAAGACAUUCCGGAAAAAGUAAUUCCAGUGUGGAGAAGAUCAAAGGAAAAAUAUAAACUCUACUCUGUGCAAAACAUUCAAAAGUAGUGAAAAGAAGUUUGAUACAAGGAGAACAUGAAUGAGGAAUUACUGAGCUUUGUGUCACCUGUCCUUCACCUUUGUUCCCAUGUGGAAUGUUCCUUCCUAUUUCGCGAUAUUAAACAGACAGAUAGAAAGUUGGUGUUGAACAUAGUCAAAAAUAGAGGUCAUAAAAGAUUUUCUUUGAAACAUUUUUAUGCCACUGACCCCUGACGAAAUGAGACACUGCUGCAUAUUACUGACAGAUGAUCUUCAGUUGUUUGCAACUUGUAUUUACGCACAGGAUGGGUUAAGAAAAAUAUCUUAUUCUACAACUGGGUGGUCUGGCAAGCAGAAGCACAGACCUUGGCUUCCACAGAUGGAAAAGGAUUCUUUAACCCUUUACUGUUUACAUUUUUUAUCACCGGCUGUCCCAUGUGUUCAACAUCCAGCGUUCAUAUUCUUCUGCACUUAGUCUAAGUGAAAGUAAAGGCUGAUCACUGACGCUGACUCUCACUUUCCUCCCAGGAGGAUAAAACGAGGUUACCCUUAGUGUCAGUGAUCUAUUUUUAAACAGCCAAGUUUGCAGUUGAGGAAAUCCCACAGUAGGAGCAAGUUGCAUGUCUCGCCAAUUUCGAUCAUGUUAAACAUCCCAUGUCAGCCUUCUUGGUGAACAGGAAAGGGUGGAAAAAGAAUUCCUUGCGACAUAUCUCUGUAGCAGGUCUUGUUGUCUCUUGUGAAAGGUACCAUGUUUUGUUGUAUAUAAAUUGUUGCUUCUGAUGCAAAAGACAGUGUUUCAAGUACAUACGGGACAUGUUUUGCUGUCUUUUGGUGAGAGAGCUGCCAAAGAAAUACAAAACAUUUUAGGUUGUGUUAGCAAGGUUUGAAAUUUUGAAUUAGUUUUGCAGGCAGUUUAGCUGAAUGAACGGAAAUUGCUCCAUAAUUCCACAGAAAGUGCGGUCUGGUUGCUUAUUUAGAAUGUUUCAUGGGUUAAAUGGGUUUUCCAUAGUUAUUUGAGUGAAUGAUGAAUUAAGAUAUUCAUUAUUUUACAAUACACAUCCCUUUAUGGUAUAGGUUUCGUUUUAAUGUCAGUUGCUUAUCAAGUUUUCUACUAUGUUGUUCAUUCCAGGUAAAUAAUGUGUAAGUGUAACCAAAAUAAAGUCUCCUUUUUCAAGGCAUUCCGAAUCUCAAGAGUAAUUGUAGGGAUCAUCACAGUCUCAUGCAUUUUCUGUUCGUUUGGGUUUGUUUGUUUAUACGUGAGGUGCUUGUACUCUACAAGUGUUUUGUUUUUUGUAUGUUGCAUAGAAAGUUACAUGAUGAAAAAGUAAUUUUUACAUGAAAAAAAACCAAACCCAGUCCCAUCAAAUGCUUUGUGGAAAA